GUACUGUCUGUCUUGGACCUGGAAUUAGCCAUUUCCCCAAGGAAAUUAGCCAUUUCCCCGGUGCUUUUUAAUGGAGAGUGGUAUUAGAGACCAACAUCUGGGUGUCAGGUGUACUCAUACCAACUGGUUAUUAUCAGAAAGAGCUGCCAAUUUCCAAAUUAUAUCUAUUUUGUAGUUGUAUUUUAUGGAUUAUGGGAGAGGCUGAGCCUAUUUUCAUGUUUUCUGGCCAUGUCCAUUGCCUUUUUGUGAAUUGCUUACUCAAGUCCUUUGUGGGAUGUCAAUCUUUUUCUUACUAAAGUGAGUUAAUAACAUUACAGCAUUUAGAAUAGUCCCUGACAUACAGUAAGGUUACAUAUUGCUGGAGGAUAUUACUUCGUAUUUAUUCUUUGUUAAAAGUAUCCAGAGUAACUUUUAAACUCAGUGCGCUGGACACAUGUUGCUCUUCUGCAGUCACAGUGGGGAGAGGACCUGUGCCUGCAUCCCGUGAUGCUGUCUGCCACUGCCCAAAAUGUAUGGGUCUGCAAGUCACACCUCCCUUGUCAUUCACUUGGCUCUGCUUCGUGGUGAUGGCAAACAUGGGCUGGCACCCAAGCCCUAAUGACAAAGGUCCAGGCCCUUCAGCACCGUGUGCAGCCUCUCAGCAUGGACAAUGGACCCCGAAGUCACUGCAGCUCACUGUUCCUCUCCCACCCUACAGGAAGUAGAUUGGGAAGCAGAGCUGGCCGUGGUCAUUGGAAAGAAAGGCAAGCACAUCAAGGCCACAGAUGCCAUGGCCCACGUGGCCGGCUUCACUGUGGCCCAUGACGUGAGUGCUCGUGACUGGCAAAUGAGACGCAAUGGGAAACAGUGGCUGCUGGGGAAAACCUUCGACACCUUCUGCCCUCUGGGCCCUGCCUUGGUGACCAAGGACAGUGUAGCAGAUCCACACAACUUAAAGAUCUGCUGCCGAGUGAACGGGGAAGUGGUCCAGAGCAGCAACACCAACCAGAUGGUAUUCAAGACGGAGGACCUAAUAGCCUGGGUCUCCCAGUUUGUCACCUUUUACCCAGGGGAUGUCAUCCUGACUGGGACCCCCCCAGGUGUCGGUGUAUUCAGGAAACCUCCUGUCUUUCUCAAGAAGGGGGAUGAAGUCCAGUGUGAGAUUGAAGAACUAGGAGUCAUCAUCAACAAGGUGGUGUGAUGGCUCCUGCACAGGCCCUGGACAUAGGAUGGGGGCAUCUGCUCCCACUCAGCCUAGCCCAGGGAAAGGCCCAGUGACAGGUAUGGGCAGGUGCCGGCCCGGAAGCCGCCUCUUCUGGGUAGAAGGGAGGAGGACAGAGCUCUCUUCAAUAAAUUUGUCAGGCCAAAGCAGCAGCUUGGCUUCUGCU